AUGAACAAACAACAGAUUUUAACUUUGAUUAGUUAUUUAUCGUCCAGCGAAAGCGAUGAUGAUGAAUUGAUUUAUAACAUUAUUAAAGAGCCUGUUAUAGGACCUAAAAUUUAUAAUUUUAUUCUAAAUGUUGUUCACUCAUACUCAGAUAAACAGUUUAAAGCCAGCUUUAGAAUAGAAAGAACUACAGCAUAUUACAUAAUAAAAACAUUUGAAGAUUCUACUUUUUUCCCACAACAGCAUAUGUAUGAACCUCGUCAAACUUCAGAAAAUUAUAUUAUUUCAUAG